CCUUGCGCCUGAUGGCUUUUCCGAGGGAUUUCCGGAGAAAAACGAAGCAGUGGGUGGAGAGAGAAAGUGAGCCAGAGAGUCAGCCCGCGGAGCGUCCUGCUUCCUAGCGCAGACCAAGUUGCAACCAGGAAUUGCCAUGGAUCCAUUUUUGAACCUUCUGAAUUCAUUUUCAAGUUCCCUCUCACCAGAGGAACUGGCUACUCUCAAAUUUCUGUGUCAGGAAUAUAUUGGCAAAAGAAAGCUUCAGGCAGUGAAAAGCGGCAAUGAACUCUUCACUCAUCUGCUUGAGCAGGAAAAAAUUACAUGCAACAAUGUAGAGUUCUUAAGAUCCAUGUUAGAGACCUUGAAAAGAGAAGAUCUGCUAACACAGCUGGACCAGUUUCUUAAGGGUGCAGGUGGUGAUCCCGUUGGCCGUCUGGAUGUUCAAGGUAAUCUUGACAGAGCUUUUGAAAUCAUAUGCGAGAACGUUGGGAAAAACUGGAAAAUGCUUAUUCGAAAACUUGGAAUUUCAGAAGCCAAAAUAGAUAGAAUAGUAGCAGCUAAUCCCUACAACUUGGAAGAACAGUUGAUGAAGUCACUUUUAGAGUGGCGUAAAUUGAAAAAGGAAGAAGCCAGAGUUGAGGAUGUCAUCAAAGCCCUCAGGGACUGUCGCAUGAACCUCACCGCAGACUAUGUUGAAGAAGGUUUGCAACAGGGAAGUUGAAACUCAAAAAUCAGAGGAAGAAGAUCAUUAGUGUGAUAUUAAAAUUCAGUAUUCAUAUGAAAAAAAUUGUUUAAUUGUCAUGGAAGAUAUGAGAUACCAUUCACAGUACGGUAUUGCAUCUAAACUGGCGUGCUGUCUUAAUUCUGUGGAAAUGGCUGCUUAUGCAAUUUCAAAUCUUGUGCCUUACUCAGAGAUGAAGUCUAGGGGACGAUAGGGGCUAUCAAAUUCCAUUUUAAUGUCAGCAUUACUUAGGUGGGACCUUCUGCACCCUCACUUAGCUCAUGAUCUGAGGAGGAAAUUAAAGCUUUCCAAGACAAACAGGAUGUACCUGCAAUGUAGAAUCACUGCAGCCAUGGCAGAUUCCCUUGCCGUGGCUCAGUGCUAGGGAAUCCUGGGAUUUGCAUUUAGUGAGACAUCAUCACUCUUUGGCAAAGAAAGUCUUUGAGAAUGAUAACCUCCCAUGAUUCCAUAGCAUUGAGCCAUGGCACUUGAAGUGGUGCCAACCUGCAUUAAUUCCACAGUGUAGAUGCACCCGAAGAACAUGGUAGUAUACCAAUAACAGUCCUCCCCCCAUUCCCAGCUGUGCCAAAUCACGAAUUCCCACUCAUCAUAGGCUAUGGUGACAACAGUCAGUCUGCACCAGUUCAGGGAAGUAAAGAGCUGAAGCAUACUUAUGAUUUUCACCCAAACCUGGGAGAAUGUCCUUUCUAGACUAUACCACUUAGGGUGCACCUACACUGGAACUAAUGCAGUUUGGCACCACUUUAAUGUCAUGGUUCAGUACUGUGGAAUCCUGGGAGUUGUAGUUUUACAAGCGUGUUAGCAUUCUCUACCAAAGAACGCUGGUGGCUUACCAAACUGCAACUCCCAGGAUUCCAUAGCAUUAAGCCACUGCUGAUAAAGUGGUGUCAAACUGCAUUAAUACUGCAGUGUAAAAUCAGUCCCCCAGCCAUCAUGGCAAUUUUGCACAUACAUAACUAGAUCUGCCAUUGCUUGAGACCUUGUGGCCCAGCAAGAAUCUCAGAUGGACGAAAUCCCCUUAUGCCACACACAGGCAGCCUGCUCGUAAGCAUUGGUUUGAUUGUACAAUACUAAUAGAAAGUGCACAUUUCCUUUGACAUCAGGUUUGAUUUUAAGUAUGCUUUUUUAUUUUUCCAAUUUGCAUAUGGAGAUCAAAUUGUAAGUCAAGCGUAACAGUCACUAGAAAGGAAUUGGCAUAUGCCAAAUAAUAUUAAAACUAGCACUAUGUAGUUGGCAGGUUUUCUGCUAACUUCUCUGCAGCUGGCUUUGUUGUUAUGUAAAACCAACGUGUUAAUACUUGAAUUCAGCGGAUACAAGACUUUUCCAACUGAAGUGUCUUCCUAGACUCUGCCACAUUUUAAUUAUGGGAUUACUAAGCUGUGGAAAUUUCACAGGAAUGACAUGAAAUUCCCAAUUGCAGAGAAACUCUAUCAGGGACAACACACUCCAUAGCAUUUUCUUUGAUUCUAGAUACAGUUUGUAAUCAUUGAAAUGAAGAAUUAAGCAGAAGCAAGGAGUGAUCUGGGUAACUAAAGAUAGAUACUACAGAGAAGAAUGAGUAAAAUUAUGUCAAACAUUUUCUAAUAUUUAGGUGCCCAAUUUAAACACUUGAAAGAGGUUUUUAAAAAACCAACACUUUAUAUUGGUUUAAUGCAGAGAUUACAGAUAUGGAAUGUUUGCAAUUGUUAAUUUAAAAGAAACACACACCUUAAAUCAAAAAAGAGUGUAAAAUGUAUUGACUGUAAAAGAAAUUAAGGGAUCCUGAACUAACGGGGGAAAUCCAGCAUAAGCUUCCAGGGAUUCCACACCAUCAGAUAUGUCAUGGAUGAAAGCUUAUGCUAGAAAUGCAUUUUCCUCAGUUGGUCUCGGUGCUACUGGGAUCCUUUGUUUUGUUAUAUAUUUUUAUGCUGAAAGAUGAUCAUGUUUGAAUGACACUGAAAGUAGAUCAUCUUUAGCUUGGGGACCCUUUGCUUUAAAGCAAGUGUUUUGGCCUACAACUCCCAGAAAUCCCAGCCAGUUUAUCAGCUGUUAGGAUUUCUGUGAGUUGAAGACCAAAACAUCUGGGGACCUCAGGUUGAGAACCACUCCUUUAAAGUUUAAACCUUCAGUACAGUAGUAGCACAAACUGCUACAACUACAUUUAAGCAUGGCCAAAGAAGAGAUAAAUCAUUAAAGGUACAUGCCAACUACCCAUGUUGAGAGCAGAUUCAUACUUACUUGUGCCUGAGUUCUUCACAGUCACUUACAGUUCUAGAUAUUGCAACACAGAGAGAAAAAUGUUGUGAGAUAGAUUCAGUGAAUUCACAAGCACAGUUGUGAUGCUGGAAGGGGUUUUGACACGUAAUGAAAAGUUGUGCUCUCUACCAGCAUAUUUCACACAGAAUCUCUCUCACAGAAGCCUGUUUUCGUAAGUUGCAGCAUCUGGAAAUAAUUUCCUGCCAAUUUUUAUUCUAGAACUGCCACAUUAAAGCAAUGACUUCUUGUGUGGUUUAGGUGAACAUUUUACCCUUUAGCAUACAUUUGUAUAAUGAAUGACAGUGACCAGAAAUGACCCAUUUCUUCAACUGAAUUUUUUAAAUACCCCAAAUGUAUCCAAGAAACCUUUAGACAUUUGAGUUAGUUUCUCUAUUAUAGUCAAAUCUGUGUGGCAUCAAGCACUAUUGAAAUGAAACUUGUAAAAAUUAUUUUUCUUUCACUUUAAUGCAAAUUGCAUUUGAUAGUAAAAUAUUCUGAUAACCCUUUUUACUAUUGUGGCCCACUUUUAUUAGAAAUUACUAACUCAGUUUAAUAGUAAACAUUUGAUCAUGAAUAAAUAAUAAAAUAAAAGUAAAUACUUUGCAUGAA